AUGGAAGACGACUGGGCUUCUCCGUGGGCAGAUGCAGACGAUCGAGACCCAACGGAGGUCAUCACAAUUCUCGAUGCCAAAGAUGCAAAGGACGCAAGGAGUGCUGGAAGUGCUGGAACGGACAUCCCGCAACCCCGGAUUCCGAACAGUAAUGUAGUGGUGCAUGACGACCCAUGGAGUACAGAGGAGCCCGAGUUCGGAGACGCUUCGGCAUGGGCAACUUCAUCCCCUGCUGUUGGUUCCGGUGCGGUCUCGGGGGUGAUAAGGGGCUCCGGGCUCCCGGAGUGGGUUGAGCCGGCAUCAGUGGGGGUUCCGGAGUUUGUUGUGAAGGGGGCUACGGAAGAAAAGGUAGGGUUACCGAGUACCUCUGGAGAUGCUGUUCAGCAACCAGAAGCAAAGAAGAACGGAGACUGGUUUGGGGCUACGGAUGAAGCAGACGCGUGGGCUGCUGGCUCUGAUUGGGGAGAUAUAAAGCACGAGGAAGUAAACGAAACCAACACGAGUAGGGAAUCAGCGCCAGGAGUCGUUCCAGAGAUCAAACCCCUUCCCAGCUCAGAUGAAUUGAUAGGAGACGUUAAUGGAGAGGGCUCUGUUUACGUGGACAAGCAGGAAGAUAAUAUCGAGGCUCCGGACAACAAGCAAGUUGAAAUUGAGAUUGAAACAAGGGGGAAAGAAGAAACAAUUGCACCAGACAUCGCACCAAUCGAGGCCCCAUUGACUUCCGAGACGAUAUCUCUUACAGAGCCAACACCUGAAAUUGAGAAAGAGCCCGAAGGAGGGUCAAACAUUGGUCAGGAGGAAACAAAAUGCGAGGAGGAAGAAGAUGAUGAUGAUUUUGGGGACUUUGCCAACGAAGGCGACUUUGAGGACGCCGAAGAAAGCCUAACAAAGGAUAUUCCCGAGGAGUCCCCCCCUCUACCUCAAACGCCACAUUUUAAAGUUGAUACUCCAUUCAAUAUCGACACUUCUCUCCUCAGCAAACUGUAUCCUAUUUUUACAAGCUACCCAGAACCGCCUCCGAUCAAAGAAAUUAUAUACGCCACAAAUUCGCGAAAGGCUUGGUAUCGUUUGUCUCAGAGCGGAACCAUAAGGAAAGACAAGAGCGGGGAUGAUGACUAUGUCAGAGUCACCUGGGUAGGUUCCAAGAUCCAGGAAGACGUCAAUAAGAUCGUAUCGAGAUGGAUGGCAGAAGAUAAAAGCUCCGGGGGAGGCGUGGCUUUAGGAGGCUCCCAGAGAUUGGGGGCGAUGUUUGGCUGGGGAGAGGGUGUCGAACCGGUCGAAAAGAAGACGUUACCUGUUCAAUGGAACACGGUAAACACUCACUCUCGCCAUAGUAGUCUUGUUGUUGGUAAAACCACAGGCCAAGGGCUUACGAAACCUCCGUUUGAUAUAUCAACUACAAAGACUUCUCCCGCCGAAAGUCAAACAGCCCCAUCUUCUCCCCUUGUAGCGAGUUUUGGGUGGAAUAACUUCGAUAAUUCACAACCAAUUAUUGAAUCUCAUCCUAAUUCAAGCUCUAACUCGGCCAAAGGGGAUGAAAAGUUACCCUCGACACCUUAUAGGGCAAGCCUUCAUAGUACCCCUUCGAGGAUGUCGUCCCAACCGGUAACUCCCAGUAGAUCUGUGGUCUCUCAUUCGCCCGUUGCAAGUAACCACUCAAGCAAGCCCUCGCAUAGCUUGGCGACGACACGACCGUCGAGCCCAUCACCUCAAAGUACCCAAAGAACUGCAGAGGCAACUGCAACCACCCCUAUUAUCCCAGCAUCGAUGGAUAGCCUCUUCUCAUCAAAUCCAGGGGUUUCGAUGUCAGGGGAACAACCAAAGUCAAUCUCGGUUCCAGUCCCUAGCACCAGCUUCGAUGAAUGGGGCGCCUUUGAAAAUAUUGCGACCACAGUUAAGCUACCGUCUAAUAUUGAGGCCAAUUGCAACUUUGAUGAGUGGGGUGCUUUUGAGGAUCCGAACAAGGCUGCCGAAUCCAAACCUUCCAGUUCGGUUGCAAGGCAAGGCCGAAUUUCCUCCCUGCUACAGCCUGUCAGCACCUCCGAGGCGACCAAACUAGCGAUAGGCUUGGGCGAAGACAAUGGAUGGGGCAUGCCUGCAGAACCAUUACAAAUGACUAAAGAUACUAUUCCUGGUGGAUUAUCGGGAAAGCUCUCUGCCACUCCAGAGUUAAAGAAGCUGUCCAUGUUAGAAGGGCAAGAAAUAGAUGGUUGGAGCUCUUCGCCUGCCUUUGCCGGUUCAUCGAUAUCCAAGUCGUCGCCGGGCCAAACAUUUGCGCAACCUUCCCCCAAACCCCCUGGCGGAUCGCAAUCCAAACCCCUUGGGGCUUCUGGUUUGAGUUCACAGAAUACAGAUGAUUGGGGAUCGUUUGACGCUUUCGAAAGCUCCAUGUCAACUAAGUCUUCUGCACCCCCCCUAGGGUCCGCCCAUCUCUCCGAUGAACCGAGUCGUAAAACUACGGAAGUCUCUGGUCCGAAAACCACUGGUACCGAUAACUGGGGAUUUGAUGCAUUCGAGUCUACAUUGACGCCCAAGCCAAAAAUACACAGCCAAGUAUUAGGAAAUCCGCCUACGUAUGCUAUACAUAAUAGAACCAGCUCAGUCGGAAAGACCCAACCGAAAGCCUUGAAAGUCGAUCCUUGGGGCUCCUUCGAUGCAUUUGAAGUAUCAAAGACAUCUGAGGUGUCAAAGCCAAAAGCAACAAACAGUCUACCACGUCUAGAGCCAAGAUCGAGUGGCAGCGGCAGGAUUACCACCACCAGUCACGUUAUUCCAGCAAUAUCUAAGCUAGCUAUUAAUGAUGAUGAUGACGAUGACGAUUGGGGCGAGAUGGUUCAGUCCCCCGUUGUACCGAAGGGUAGCAACCCCUUCUCGAAUGCUCUGCCUAGCCCCCUCAACCCCAGCUCUAGAACGAUUUCCCCGGCUCCAUUUCAAAACGCGCAGCCACAACCGAAGGCAUCCAUGGUACCUAGUACACAAUCAACCGCAUCCAUGUUUGAUUUUAGCAGCUUUGAGAAACCACCUGCCCCACAAAAGACAAGUAGUAACAACACUGCAAGCAACGGCAACGGUGGGAACGACACGUGGGACCUAUCAUUCUUCGAUGGUUCGGUUUCUACCACUGCUGCCACUCCGGUCAACGUGUCAGCUCCGGCGCCUUUUUCCAACCAGGCUACCACCACCACCACCACUAGCAGUACCGACCUGUGGGAUGCUCCGCCGCCUUCGGUCACUGGUCGGCGUGAGAACGCAAAGGAGGCGGAGGAGAAUAGACUUGUUUAUGGGGUAGUGGACGGCUUACCGGAUCUGAGUUAUAUGCUCCAGUAG